AACAUGUAUUUAUAUCUACUCAGGUGAAUGAGUGGCUUUCAUACUGAAAACCCAGUAUUGACACGUGGAGUACUUUUUAGCCCAGUGAAUGUCAAAGAUGGCAGGAGCAACAACUGGGGAAAGUGAGGUUCAUGAAACGGAGGAGUCAGAGACUGAUGAAUAUGUCAUGGAAGAGGAAGGAGGGAUUCAUAUUGGAGAUAUUUACGUCCCUCCGCCUCCUCCUCCUGCACUCACUAUGGAAAGCACUGGACCUCGACUGAUUAUUUCACAGAUUGUCAUUGAGGACUUCAAGAGUUAUGCUGGUGUUCAGACCUUGGGACCAUUCAACAAGAGCUUUUCUUCAAUCAUUGGACCAAAUGGCAGUGGGAAAAGCAAUGUGAUUGAUUCCAUGCUAUUUGUAUUUGGUUAUCGAGCCCAAAAGAUUCGUUCUAAGAAGAUCAGUGUCCUCAUUCACAACUCAAGGGAGCAUCCCAACAUUGACAAAUGCACUGUUUCUGUGCAUUUCAAGAAAAUUACAGACAAGCCAGAUGGAGGGAUAAUAGAGGUUCCAGGUUCUGAGAUAGUCAUAUCCCGAACAGCAAUUAAGGACAACUCAUCCUUUUAUACGAUUGGAAACAGAAGAGUCCAGCGACAGGAAGUUGCCAAGGUCCUUCGCAGUCAUGGUAUUGAUCUUGAUCACAAUCGCUUCCUCAUUCUUCAGGAACCUUUGAGGCUAAUGGAAGAAAGGGUGGAGUCCUUGAAUGAGCAAAGAACAAGUCAAUUGAAUCGUGUGAAAGCAAUUGAAAAAGAGAAGGAUCAACUAGAAGGUCCAAAGAAUUCUGCCAUCAAGUACCUGAAGAAAGAGAAUGAUCUCACACAGGGUCGAAAUCUCCUGUACCAGUGUCAUUUGCGUGAUAAGGCAAAAGCUUUGGAAGGAGCCAAGAAGGAGCAAAAGGAGGUAGAGAAUUGCUUUGCAAACCUGAAAGAGAAACUGGAUGCUAUAGCACAGAAGAAGAAAGACAAGGAAGCCACUUUGAAACUCAUCCAUGAGAAUUUUGAGAAAGCAACAAAAGAGAUGGAGAGCCUGAAGGAGCAGUUCAAGUCCCUAGAGCAGGAGGAUGCCAAGGUCAAUGACGAGAAGAAGCGUAAGAAUCAGUUGCGGAAGAAGCUUCAGGAGAACAUCCAAGCAGAGCAAGCCAAAGUGGAACAGUUAAAGAAGGUUCCUGAAAAGAAUAUCAUGAAAAUCCAGGAAUUGGAGAAGGCAUCAGAAAGUGCAGAGGAAGAAGAGGCAAAAGCAGAAGAGACCUUGAAUCUAGCCAUGAGCAAUCUCCAAAGUGAUACCAAACCAUUACAAGAGAAGAAGGCAGUCCUUGAGACACAACUUAUUGACCUUAAAAAGGAUGUCAAUGAAGCCAAGGCAGCUAUGGACAUGGCCCACUCAGAUAUGGAUGUAUAUCAGCGUACAGAGCGGACAGAGAGUGCACGACUGAAGCAGUUACAAGAUCAGUGGCAAUCUGCAACUCAGCAGCUUCAACUCAAAACAAUAGAGUUGGACAAAUUGAAGGAAAGCAUACCAUGCAUGGAAAAGGAGUUCUCAGAGGGAAAAAAAGAGCUGGCAGAGUUAACUGAGAAGGAGGAAGGGCUGAAUGAGGAAUAUCAAGGAUUGUGUCUUCAGCUGGAAGAAUCCAGAUCAGCAAUGCAGGCCUCCCGCAAUACCAACCGUGUUCUUGAUGCCCUCAUGCAGCAGAAGAGAUCUGGAAACAUUCCUGGCAUCAUUGGAAGAAUGGGUGACCUGGGAUCAAUAGACAAGCGAUGGGAUGUUGCCAUAUCAACAGCUUGUCCACAGCUUGAGAACAUCCUUGUUGAGACUGUCAAUACUGGUGAGGAAUGCAUCAAUUUCCUCAAGACCCACAACAUUGGCCGUGCCACAUUUAUUGCCCUCGACCAAAUGCAAGAGUAUCAUCGUUACGCUAACUCCACCGUGCGUCUCCAUUUCUCUGAACACAUUUCAAGCCUAGCUGAGUCAAGUAUCAAGACCCCUGAGAAUGUACCUAGAUUGUUUGAUCUGGUACAAAUAAAAGAUGACAGAUUCAGACCAGCAUUCUAUUUCACCUUGAGGGACACACUUGUGGCUGAGAGCUUGGACCAGGCUACCCGAAUUGCCUAUGGAGCCUCACGUUGGAGGGUUGUCACACUUCGGGGUGAUCUCAUUGAAGUCUCAGGUAUAAUGAGUGGAGGUGGAAAAAGGGCAAGUUCAGGGAGGAUGGGCUGCCACAUUUCAUCAGCCAAAACAGAAGUGGCCCCUGAGCAAUUGGCUGCCAUGGAAUCUCGCAUCAAGCAUGUGGAAAAGGAACUGAACCACAUCCGAAACCGCAAGGAAGAACUUGAGUCUAACAUUUCUCAAUUGACCAGAGAUCUUCGCAGCUCUACUGCAAAACAUAAAAAACUUCAGCUUGAGGUUCCUGGGUUGGAAGAGCAGGUAUCACGACUAGCUUCACAAAUAAAGGAACAAGAGAAAAAAGUGGCCAAAGUAGCUCCCGAUCCCAAGGAAUUGAAGAAGUUGGAAGCUGAAGUACAUAAGUCUACUCAGGACUAUAAGAAAGCAAUGGAGAAGAGUAGUGGAAUAGACAAGGAGGUGAAGCGCCUCCACAGCAAGAUCCUCGAAGUGAACAAGUCACGAACCAAGGAAGCACAGCGGUGUCUGGAUCAAGCCAAGAAUCAGGUGGAAAAACUCAGCAAAGAAAUCUCCCGCCUCACAGUGGAAAUCCAGACAUCUCAACGAAACCUGAAGAAAAGUGAGGACAAGGUGGAGUCAUUGAAGACAGAGAUUGAAGAGCUUGGAAAGGCCUUGAAAGAACUUGUUGGUCACCAGAGGGAGGUUGAAGGAGUUGCCUCAAAGAACAUCCAACGUUCUCAACAACUCAAGGUUCUCAUCAUUCCUGAGCAUAAAACCUUCAUUUACAUCCAGGAUGUGCAUCCCGUGUUAGUUGUGGAAGGGAAUCCCCUGUCCAUCCUCCUGCCACUCCACCUCCCACCUGCCAGUGUGGGCCUGGCAGUUAUCUCUUGCCUUGGCCCUGACACAGCCCAAGAGGAGAAAGAGGAGUUAGAAGAGGGUGGGAAGAAGGUGAAGAAGAAGCUGGAUAGAUUGACUGAAGAAGAAAAUCAGCUUAGGAAGGAAAAGAUCUCAUUUGAUGAAGCUAUGGAGAAAGUGUCUGACACCAUCAAGGAAAUAAAGACAGCCAUGAACCAAAUCAAGACCAAGCUUGGGAAGCUCCAUUUAGAGGAAGUAGAAGGUGAAGAGACUAAGCAGUUAACGACUUUUACAGACCAAGAGUUAGAUGACACAGAUCGUGGGGCAAUAAAGGGCAAGAUUGCUUCCCUUGAAGCUGAGCUCAAGGACCAAAAGCCCAAUCUCAAGGUCAUCCAUGAAUAUCAAAACAAGGUGGGAUGCAAUAAUUGCCUAAGGUUAGGUGUUUGUUUUCUUGUCUUAUUGCAUUCAAAUCUUGUGCUGAUUCUGGCAAUUUUUGUGGACUUGCAGAUGAAACAGUAUCUUGCAAAGGCAGAUGAGCUACAGCAAUUGACACAGCGAAGAGACCACUUGAGGAGUCGGCUAAGUGAUCUCAAGAUCAGUCGUCUCAAUGAGUUCAUGACUGGCUUUGGAAUCAUCUCCAUGAAAUUGAAGGAGAUCUACCAGAUGAUUACCCAAGGUGGAGAUGCAGAGCUUGAGCUAGUCAACAGCCUUGAUCCAUUUGAAGAGGGAAUCACCUUCAGUGUGCGGCCACCAAAGAAGUCUUGGAAGAACAUUUCAAAUCUGUCUGGAGGCGAAAAGACACUCUCAUCUUUAGCUUUGGUGUUUGCAUUGCAUUAUUACCGACCUACACCAAUCUAUGUCAUGGAUGAGAUUGAUGCUGCCCUAGACUUCCGCAAUGUCGCCAUCAUUGGGGAAUAUAUUCAGAGUCGGACCAAAAAUGCCCAGUUCAUCAUCAUCUCACUGCGGACACAGAUGUUCGAAUUGGCCACCACCUUGGUUGGGAUCUACAAGACAAACAAUUCCACACACUGUGUGGUCAUGAACCCAAGGGAGAUAACUCAAAUGGCCAAGGCUCUAACCAAGCCUCCUGGCCAACUUGCAGGCAGGAAACGACGCCUCGACGAAGACCCCAACUGACAAACUGUCUUCCCUUCCUGAUACUGGGCUUUCAAGUCCAAAUUGUGAUUUCCAAAAUUCCCAGUGCGUAUUAUGUGAAGGAAAAAUGCCUGCAAAUUCAUUUUUUACAAGAGAUAUAAUAAAAUAGGUUAAGGAGAGUACUCAAAUUCUUUGCUCAGUGACGGCUGGUGCCAUUUUCUGUGUUCUUUAACAGAACUUCUGGAACUGCUAAGAGAUAAAACUGCUAUA